AUGGCCCUCUCCUUCCCCCAUACCCUGAGCCUGGAGACCCUGGACGAGUCAGACCUCAGCCCUGUCCGGCACCCAGCGGGCCAGCUGCAGGAGGACCAGUGGCAGUCACCCAGCGAAACCCUCCUAAGCCUGGAAGCUGAGGCCGGCAUGGACGUGAUCCUGGUAGGCUCCAGUGAGCUGUCGGCUCCCCCUUCACCCAAGCUGGGCAGAGAUCUGAUUGCAUAUGAAGUCAAAGUUAACCAGAGAAACAUAGAAGACAUCUGCCUGUGCUGUGGAAGCUUCCAGGUUCACACCCAGCACCCUCUGUUUGAGGGAGGAAUGUGUACCUCGUGUAAGGACAAGUUUCUGGGCGCCCUCUUCCUGUACGAUGAUGACGGGUACCUGUCCUACUGCUCCAUCUGCUGCUCCGGAGAGACGCUGCUCAUCUGCGAAAACCCCGAUUGCACCCGGUGCUACUGUUUCGAGUGUGUGGACACCCUGGUGAGCCCGGGGACUUCGGAGAAGGUUCAAGCCAUGAGCAACUGGGUGUGCUUCCUGUGCCUGCCCUUCUCCCGCAGUGGGCUGCUGCGGCGCCGGCGCAAGUGGCGGGCCAGGCUGAAGGCCUUCUGUGACCGUGAGUCUGAGAGUCCCCUUGAGAUGUAUAAGACUGUGCCUGUGUGGAAAAGAGAGCCAGUGCGAGUGCUGUCUCUCUUUGGGGACAUCAAGAGAGAGCUAACCAGUUUGGGAUUCUUGGGGACCAGCUGUGGCCCAGGCAGGCUGAAGCACCUGGAUGACGUCACGAACGUUGUGAGGAGGGAUGUGGAGGAGUGGGGCCCCUUUGACCUCGUGUACGGCUCAACACCGCCCCUGGGCCACACCUGCUACCAUCCGCCUGGCUGGUACCUGUUCCAGUUCCACCGGCUCCUGCAGUACGCACGGCCCCCACCAGGCAGCCCACGGCCCUUCUUCUGGAUGUUCGUGGACAACCUAGUGCUGGGCACAGAUGACCAGGCCACAGCCACUCGCUUCCUGGAGACAGAGCCUGUGACCAUCCAGGACCUCAGUGGCAGAGCCCUCCAGGACGCCGUGCAUGUGUGGAGCAAUGUCCCUGCUGUGAGGAGCAAGCACGCGGCUCUGGGCCCUCAGGAAGAGCUGUCCCUGCUGGUUCAGGACAGGCAGAGGAUGGGGCCCUACAGCCAGAGCUCUGGCCCGGCCAGGCUGGUGAAGAGCUGCUUCCUCCCACUGAGAGAGUAUUUCAAGUAUUUUUCGACAGAACUCUCUUCCUCCUUGUAG